AUGUAAAUAAAUAAAGUCUGUUGUUUUGGAGCAGGUUAUGUGGGAGGACCAACAAUGGCUGUGAUGGCCUCCAAAUGUCCAAAACAGACAUUCGUUGUUUACGACAUUAAUGAAUAGUAAAUUGAAAAAUGGAAUAACAAGCAAUAUCCAGUAUACGAGAAAAAUUUAGACGAAUAUAUAAAUUAAACAUUGAAUACCAAUUUAAUAUUCACAUGCGACAUUGAUAUAGCUUUAAAGGAUUGUGACAUCGCCUUUCUAGCUGUCAAUACUCCAAGUAAAAAGUAUGGACUUGGAGCAGAAUCUUCAUUGGAUAUAUCAUACAUAGAUAGCUGUCUCCAACAGAUCAAAAAAUAUCCUUUAACCAAAAGGCUAAUAUUGGUUGAAAAAUCAACUGUUCCGAUUAAAACCUGCGAUUAUAUAAAUGCUGUUUUAAGAGAUAAGAAUAUUUGUGUUCUAUCAAAUCCAGAAUUCCUAGCUGAAGGCACUGCUAUACAAGAUCUUCUUAAUCCAGAUAGAGUGAUAAUUGGUGGGGCCAUAGAAUCCGCUUAGUAGUUGGCAUCCUUGUAUGAGUAGUGGGUACCAAAAGAGAAAAUCAUAUUCACCAACAUAUACUCGGCUGAGUUAAGCAAAAUUGUUGCAAAUUCUUUCCUUGCUCAAAGAGUUUCUUCAAUUAAUAGUAUAUCGAUAAUUUGCGAUAAAAUUGGUGCAGAUGUUAAUGAAAUUUCCUAGUGCGUAGGGAGCGAUAGUAGAAUUGGUAAUAAAUUUUUGAAGACUUCGGUGGGAUUUGGGGGAUCAUGUUUAAAAAAGGAUCUGCUUUGUUUAAUUUACUUAUGUGAGUCACUCUAGUUGGAUGAGGUGGCACAAUAUUGGAGAUAAGUUUAUUUACUAAAUGAGUUUCAAAAGCAGAGAUUUUAUAACUUAAUCAUUACUUCAAUGUUCAACACUCUGAGAAAUAAGAUUAUUGUUAUUUUGGGAGUAGCAUUUAAGGCCAAUACCAACGAUACAAGAGAGAGUGCUUCUUUGAUGAUCAUCCAAAAGUUAUAAGAAGAACAGGCCAUACUAAGGAUCUAUGAUCCCCAAGGUAAAAUAGACAAGUUGGAGCAAUGUUAGAGUUUAGAUGGCAUUUUCAAAGGGGCAUCUGCUAUAGUGAUAUUGACUGAAUGGGAAGAGUUUACAAAAAUAGAUUACGCUCAGGCCUAUGAGGAAAUGGCCAAACCUUCCUAUUGUUUUGAUGGCAGGAAUUUGUUACAGGGGGAGGUGAUGAAGUCUCUUGGGUUUUUAUAUUAUGGAUUAGGUAGAAUAUGA